AUGGCUGCUGUAACCGCAGCACCUCCAGUUGAGCCAGUGAAUCAAGCAGAUAAGCCUGUUGAAAAGAAAGAAGAUGAGAAGAUAGAUGAACAACGAAAAAAAUUAUUGAACACAGUAUUCAGAUCCUUAAAACGCUCUCAUGAUCUUUUCAGUUCAGAAUAUAUAAAUUUCCCUGAACCAACAGAGGAUAGUGUGAAUUUCUUAAAGAAUUUGAAAAAAAGAGAUGAAUAUGGAUCUGUUCUGCGAUUUGUUGAGGAAAAUAAACGUCGAGAGGAGAAUGAAAUGCUAAGGCUACCUGCUGGGCAAACAAGUAUUGGUGGAGUUGUUGCGAAUGCCGACGGUCAAUUGGCUAUCGCUGGAGGCCCAAGUAAAAUUGUUAAUAAUAGUAAACCACAAGGGCAACUGUUACCAACUCUUCCUGUGGGCUCAUCAGGAAAGGCCGAAGAUAACAAUACCAGAUCUCUUCUUCCGCUUAAAGCGCCUAUGCUCAUGAAACCAAAAUGGCAUGCCCCAUGGGUUUUGUAUAGAGUUAUCUCAGGUCAUACUGGGUGGGUCAGAGCCAUCGAUGUUGAACCACAGAACCAAUGGUUCGCUUCAGGAGGAGCUGAUCGUAUUAUCAAGAUUUGGGAUUUACCGACAGGAAAAUUGAAGCUUUCACUUACUGGUCAUAUCAGUUCUGUCCGUGCCGUGAAAGUUUCCGAUAGACAUCCAUUCCUCUUCAGUGGUGGUGAAGAUAAGCAGGUUAAAUGUUGGGAUCUCGAAUACAAUAAAGUUGUUCGUCAUUAUCAUGGACAUCUCAGUGCUGUUCAAGCUUUGGACGUGCAUCCAACUCUUGAUGUUCUAGUCACAACUGCUCGUGAUUCUACAGCUAGGGUUUGGGAUAUGCGAACCAAAGCACAAGUACAUUGUUUCGCUGGACAUACCAAUACUGUAGCAGAUGUUGUAUGUCAAGCGUCUGAUCCCCAAGUCAUUACUGCUUCUCAUGAUUCAACUGUCAGACUGUGGGAUUUAGCUGCUGGUAGAUCAAUGUGUACUUUAACCCAUCACAAGAAAUCUGUGAGAGCUUUAGCUCUUCAUCCACGAUUGUUUAUGUUUGCUUCAGCUUCUCCAGAUAAUAUCAAGCAAUGGAGUUGUCCUCGUGGAGAGUUUAUGCAAAAUCUUGCUGGUCACAAUACAAUCAUCAAUUCAAUGGCCUGUAACCACGAGGGAGUACUAGUUUCAGCCGGAGACAAUGGUUCUAUGUGCUUCUGGGAUUGGCGUUCUGGAUUCUGUUUCCAAAAAGCGGCUACAAAAGCUCAGCCUGGAUCUAUUGAGUCCGAGGCUGGUAUAUAUGCUGUUCGUUUUGAUAAGAGUGGUACGAGAUUGAUUACUGGCGAAGCCGAUAAAUCCAUUAAAAUGUAUAAAGAAGACGCGGAUGCUACCGAAGAGACUCAUCCUAUUGUAUGGAGACCGGAAAUUAUCAAACGGAGAAAUUAUUAA